GAGAGACCUUGGGUUGGGUCGGGGGAAUAAAAGACUCCCUCUUUCUCAUACUCCGUAUAUCCCAAUCUAUAUAUCAUCUAUCUGUCUCAAUCAUUUCUGGAGUGGACUUUCUUUGGAUCAUCCCUGGCCUGAAUGAAGAUCCAGUGCGACGUGUGCGGGGAAGACGAAGCAGCUCUGUUCUGCGUGGCAGAUGAGGCAGCUCUCUGCCCACUCUGUGAUCAAACAGUCCACAAUGCCAACAAGCUGGCUAGCAAGCACCAAAGGUUCUCCCUUCUUCAUCCUCCUCCAUCCCAGCCCCCUCUAUGUGAUAUCUGUCAGGAGAGGAAGGCAUGGUUGUUCUGUGAAGAAGACAGGGCAAUGCUUUGUGGAGAGUGUGAUGUGCCCAUACAUAAAGCAAAUGAGAAUACUAAGACACACAAUAGGUUUCUUGUAACAGGUGUCCAGCUCUCUCCAACCUCCUCUUCUCUUUCUCCUUCAUCCCCUGCAACAAGCUUCAAGUCUCAGAACUACCCAUCAAAAACAAAGCAUCUGUUUGUUUCUCCCACCAUUCAGAACACACCACCUUGUUAUGAGAAUGGAUGUGGUGGAUAUGGCCAAAUGGGGAAUUAUUUAAAUGCAACUGCCAGUGGCAGUCCCUUGUUGGAGUACUUGGAGAUGCUUCCAGGAUAUCAUUUUGAAGAACUUGUUGAUUCUUCUUAUGGUUUAUUUAAGAUGGGUGAAGAUGAUAUGUUUUCUCUUUGGGACACUAAUAAUGAGAGCCUAGGCUCUUUAUCAUCAGAAAGUAGUGUCAGUAAUUGGGCACCUACUACCUUCAAGAGACCAAGAAUUUCUACAGAUUAGUCCAAGUUCACUACCUCAAGUUAAGUGAUCAAGAACUUUAUGGUAGAUAUUAAAAGAUCAACUACCAGCUCAAAAGAAUAGAAACUGGUUAAUUUCUCUCCUUUUUUCCACUUUAGUGUGUGUCCGGCUAUGGAGGGUGUUUGGUCCAGUUCACAACUUUUCCCCCCACUUUUUUUGAUAUAACAAAAGUGGAUGAGUCUUUUUCUUUCUUUUUUACUCAUGUAAAAAUAUCGAGUUGUUUGCAGUAUAAUUAAAUGGUAAUUUCUUGUUAUUAUGUCCUCAUUAAGCAUCUUUAUUAACUUUUUCAUGCAUUCAGUGGACACAAUGUAUUUUUACUGACUACGUAUGCGCAUUGG